CACUAUUCCAGGUCUUGGCGAGCACUCCCUAUAUACGGUACUUGUCUCAACUACUUCUUUGCCACUGUUUUUCGGGUAGUCAUUAGAAAGCGGCAUCCAUCUAUGUCUCCCAGCAUCAUUGCAAAGACCCAUAAUCAAUUGUUAAUAGUUGUACAAUUGGAGCAGACCAAUAUCAUGUAACGCCAAAUGUGCUUAUUAGGGACGUGAUCCUCAGCCUGUUGCCAAACCCCCGUGCCAGAUCCAUAUGCCCGAACGCCUGUCAUGCAUACAUUAAAACCUCAUGAAGCAUUCUUGCUCAGUCCAUUAUCCAAAAUCCUGUCCUUGAAUGACUGACAAGAGAUUUAUGUGAACGGCUUAUCCCAUCCCUCCCUACACCUUCUCGUCGUGGAAUACGAAAUUGAUAUCCCUUGGCCGCUGCUUGUUGAAGCGCACGAAGUUAUCGUCUCCCGGCGGACGUUCCUUGAUGGUAUUGCUCGUGAGCAUGCUCUGUAAGCUCACACAUACGCUUUCUACAUUAUGAACGGGGGACCACCCAGAGCGAUCGAGUAGGUCGAGGCAUAUGAUGCCGUUGGAGUAUAUGUGGGGGUGGAGCGGGAUGGGUCGCGGGGGAUCGGAGCAUCUGACAAAGACGACUUCGGGUGCCUGCAAUGAACCAACCUGUACGUCUCCCCCGCGUAAAUCGGAUUCGCGUCCAUAACCUGGAUGUCCAUGAACCACUCCUUGAAGUCUUCAGCUUUGACGAGCGUGAUGCCGGGCGGUAGCUUCUCUUGUAGCUAUAGCGCGCAUUAGUGGUGUAUCCCCAUGCCUCGUUGCAUGCUCGUGUCUGUGUAUGUGUACCUUGGUCAACUCCUACAGGGUAGCUGUUAGUAUGUGUACGCGCGCAAACGGAAUAAU